CUGACAGAAAUCUGCGUGGAGUUGCUAACCGUGAAACUGCUGAAUCCCCCUUCCCUUCCCAGCAUGGCUUCAGAUUUGAUGGAGAUUGACGACUCUCUGUACAGCCGCCAGCGAUAUGUGCUUGGAGACAGUGCCAUGUACCAGAUGGCCCAGUCCUCAGUCUUUCUCAGUGGAAUGGGAGCACUGGGAGUAGAGAUAGCAAAGAAUAUAGCCCUGGCAGGUGUCAAGACUGUUACCCUUCAUGACACAAAGACGUGUGAAGCCUGGGAUCUCGGCUCCAACUUUUUUAUUCGAAAAGAGGACGUAUCGAGCCAGAGGAGGAGGGUGGAGGCAGUGUGCCCUCGGGUUGCAGAAUUGAACCCUUACGUCCAAGUUGACACAUCUUCUUUACCUCUGGAUGACAACACGGAUCUGAGUUUUCUCAGAAAGUAUCAGUGCGUGAUUUUGACAGAGGCCAGUUUGAGUUUACAGAAGAAGGUAGAUAAGUUCUGCCACACACAGCAGCCCCCCAUCAGAUUUAUCAGCUGUGACGCGUACGGCAUCUGUGUGCGAGUGUUUUGUGAUUUUGGAGCAGCAUUUGAGGUGUCUGAUCCCACAGGAGAGGAGCCCAAGGAGAUUUUCAUCCAAAGUAUUACUCAGGACAAUCCUGGGAUAGUGACCUGCAUGGACAACCAUCCCCAUGGCUUACAAACCGGACAGAGUGUUCUCUUCAGAGAGGUCGGGGGUAUGGAGGAGCUUAAUGGUUCUACACGGCCAGUCACGGUGCUGUCCCCUCACAGCUUUGAAAUCGGAGCCACGUCGCAGCUCCAACCUUACACACAUGGAGGUUUUGUUGUUCUGGUUAAAACCCCUAAGACAUUCACUUUUGAGACAUUAGAAGAACAGCUGUGUGAUCCUCAGGUCCUGAUUCCAGACUUCAGCAAACCAGAGGCCCCGCUGCAGAUCCAUGCUGCUAUGUUGGCUCUGGACAGGUUCCAGGAGCAGCACUGCAGGCUUCCCAACAUUGGGUGUUUACAGGAUGCAGAGACUUUACUAAAACUGACUGAGGAAGUGAACACGACUUUUAAGAACAAAGCUCCUGUGGAUGCUGAGCUGGUGCGUUGCUUGUCCAGGACGGCCAGGGGAACUCUGCCUCCUUUGGCUGCAGCUGUAGGAGGAAUAGCCAGUCAGGAAGUUCUUAAAGCCAUCACAGGGAAGUUUGCACCUCUGCAGCAAUGGUUUUAUCUUGACACUGUUGAGCUCGUCAGGCCUCUUCAGUCUCUGGCUGUCGAAGAGUUUUUCCCAAGAGGUGAUCGGUAUGAUGGGUUGCGAGCCUGCAUUGGUGAAUCAAUGUGUCUUGAUCUACACAAGCUCAGGGUCUUUAUGGUUGGCUGUGGUGCCAUAGGUUGUGAGAUGCUAAAAAACUUUGCCCUCCUCGGUGUGGGAUUGUCCAAGAACUCAGGAGAGGUGUGCAUCACCGAUCCAGACCUCAUUGAAAAGUCAAACCUCAACAGGCAGUUUCUCUUCAGACCCCAACACAUACAGAAGCCAAAAAGUACGACGGCUGCAGAAGCCACCCUUGAUAUCAACCCGGAGCUGCGGGUUGAAGCUCAUUUAAACAAAGUGUGUCCAGCUUCUGAGAACAUCUACAAUGACUCCUUCUACUCCUCGCUGAACGUGGUGGUCACUGCGCUGGACAAUGUGGAGGCACGGAGAUAUGUGGACAGCCGCUGUGUGUCCAAUCAGAGACCUCUCCUGGACUCAGGCACCAUGGGAACUAAAGGACACACUGAGAUCAUUGUGCCAAACUUAACCGAGUCUUACAACAGCCAUAGGGACCCCCCAGAAGAGGAGAUCCCAUUUUGCACUCUCAAGUCUUUCCCUUCUGUUAUAGAGCACACCAUCCAGUGGGCCAGAGACAAGUUUGAGAAUGCCUUUGCUCACAAGCCCUCCAUGUACAACUCUUUCUGGCAGACGCACCCCUCACCUGAAGUAGUGCUACAGAGGAUGCAGGCGGGGGAAAGUCUGGAGGGCUCAUUCCAGGUUAUUAAGCUCCUAAGCAGACGACCCAUACAGUGGGAACAUUGCAUCACCAUCGCCCGUCUGAAAUUUGAAAAGUAUUUUAAAAGAAAGGCCCUGCAGUUGUUGCACUCUUUCCCACUUGAAACAAGGUUAAAAGAUGGAAGUUUGUUUUGGCAGUCCCCGAAAAGACCCCCAACACCUAUGGAGUUUGACUUGAAAGACCCCUUACACUUCAGCUUCAUUAUCAGCACUGCGAGGCUCUUUGCUGAGAUUCAUAAUGUCACUUACUCAGAAGAAGAUCUUUCUGAAGCGGUGGUGUCCAAGGUUCUCUCCGGUCUCAAGAUUCCUGAUUACAGACCCGCAGAGAAGAGCAUAGAGACCGAUGAGGCUGCGAAGAAGCCCGAUCAGAUAAAGAUGCCUCUAAGCAGCGAAGAGGAGAGGGAGGCCAUCGCACAGCUGGAGCAGGCCAUCGCCACAAACAAAGCCAAACCAGAAGGGCUGCACAUGAGUCCCCUCCAGUUCGAAAAAGACGACGACAGCAACGGCCACAUCGAUUUCGUCACAUCGGCGUCCUCCCUCCGAGCCAAGAUGUACUCGAUCGAGCCCGCUGACAGACUGAAGACCAAACGCAUCGCCGGGAAGAUCAUCCCUGCUAUCGCCACAGCAACAGCUGCUGUGGCAGGACUUGUGGCUCUGGAGUUGAUCAAAGUGGUCGGAGGCUACAGGUUGGAGUCUUUCAAAAACUGCUUCUUUAACUUGGCCAUUCCAGUCGUCGUGUUCACAGAGCCCGCUGAGGUUAAACAGACUCUCAUCAGGAACAACAUCUAUUUCACCAUCUGGGACUGCUGGACCAUCUUCGGCCACGAGGACUUCACUCUGUCGGACUUCAUGAACGCAGUCCGGGAAAAGUAUGGGAUUGAACCUAGUAUGGUUGUUCAUGGAGUGAAGAUGCUGUAUGUGCCUGUGAUGCCUGGACACUCGAAGAGACUCAAACUCACGAUGCAGAAGCUGAUCAGGCCAUCAGCAGGCCGCCGCUACGUCGAUCUUACCGUAUCAUUCGCUCCAGAAUCUGACGGAGACGUGGACCUUCCCGGUCCUCCUGUCAGGUACUACUUCAGCUCAGACGGGAAGGCGCCCUGACAGCUUCGGAGAUGUCCUCUUCAAACCUACUGUGUCCUUAUUUCUCUUCUUUCAUGCAAACUGUUCAACCCCAAGAGUGUAGGCCAGGCAGGACUAGGAGUUUUCCCGCAGGAUGUCAUCAGAUGACGGUAAAGCUCCUAGACUCAGCGCCCCCCACCCCCCCAGUUAGUAUUUCAUGGAGCAAGAAUGGCAAACCUGGUCCCAGUGUUUUCUUGCCUCACAUCUAGCCAGUGAAACAUCCAGAUGCUUGAGUAGCACUUUUUAUUGUACCUCUGUACAGAAAUUUUGUUUGUUCGGUUUUUUAUUUUUACUCUGAAAUGCACAGCCUCGUCUGUGUUAAUGCCUUAACAGAUACUUUCUUUUUUGUUGUUGUUUAUUUUGUGGCAUUGAGCCUACUUUAAAAAAAAAGUGGUUAUGUAAAAGGCACAGCCCAUUUCUCAUUUUCGUUUUAAAAUGUGCUUGGUUCAAAAGCUAUAAGGUUGUUGGGACAGGACAUAUUUGCAGAUAGUAAUCAUCACAUCUUCAUCCUCAGAAUUUGUUUUAUCUCUUCUUAUAGAAACCGAUCAAGCUGUUGAAAGGUUUAGUGGCAAAAUGACCAAAGAUACUAAUUAUCAGCGUGUCUGCAGGUAACGUCUUUCAUUACUUUGCCUCAUUGGAACAUGUUUUUAUCAUCAGCAAAACAUCGAAGAGUACAACGGCACCUUUAAUGUGCUUCGUCAUGAGCAGGCGCACGUCUGUCGCCUCAGAAAAGCAGCAACACACUCAAAAUGAUGCAUCUAAGGGGUUAGCAUGGGUAAAAACCCACCCAAACGCAGCUGCUUUUCCUGCCUUUUUUAUUUAUUUGGGUAUCCACGGCACUGACAUUAAUACAUGUUGGCAAACCAUUUGUUAAAUGAAAUCCUGGUGUCAUUUGUGCAGAUGUUUCAAGGACAGGAAAGCCUCUAACAUCUGUAUCCAACAUAAAAAAGUCACACUCCUGUUUUAAAUUUUGUCCUUUAUAUCUUCACAGUUCAUGGUUUGUCAUUUUUUUAAUGGAUGUAUGUUGGUGACGUAUUUAUUUCUCCUUUUUAUGUGUGUCAAACUGAGCCUGUGUUGAUGUUAAAUGAUGGUGCACUUGUUAAUUCUUAGUAAUGAACCCAUGUCACGUUUUUAUCCUGGCAAGUUCAAUAAUUAGCUCCACUUGAAGGUUGUGAAAUGGGUCCUUGAAAUAGUCUACUGGUUUAUAUUUGAAGUGAUGCCCGUGAAGUUCUAAAUUGAGUCAGCACCAAAGUUUAAGUUCAACAUGAAUUGAAAGGUAAAAUAAUCUGCUUUGAUUGAUCUACUGGCCUGAAAUAAUUCAUCAUUCAUCCAUUUCUUUGCUCAUAUUCACGGUGAAUAUUUUCUUCAAACAGAAUGUCUCCCAUGUUAACUCUUGUGCAAUGACUUUCAUCUGUGUAAAACUAAACAGUGUUGAUGAGAGUUGAUGAUGUACGUUAUUGUGACAGCCAGCUCAACCAAUGGUCCAAUAAAAUGUGAGAAUUCAG